AUGGCGCCCUAUACACCGAGCAUGCGAUUCCCUACCGCGGUUCUCGUGGUUAAUAGUAUCGGUCUCGCGAUCUCGUUUGCCGCAGUUGGAUUAAGAUUCUGGUCUCGUUCUUUACGACGAGUUAAGACGAGACUUUCUGAUUAUACGAUCGUUAUUUCGUGGCUAUUUACCCUUGGCCUCGUUAUUAGUGAGAAUUAUACCAUUACAAAGGGAGGAAUAGGGCAGAAUUCAGCCGAUGCGUCUCUUGAGGAGUUAUUAUUCUCUACCAAGCAAUUCUUGGUCAUUGGAGUAUGUGGAACGUUAGCAGUGACAUUCGUCAAGAUUUCAAUCCUUGACUUUCUGCUUUCCGUCUUCGCAACUAACAAUGUCUUUCGCAUUGUCGAUUAUACCCUGAUGGCAAUUACUAGUGCCUAUGGAAUUAGCUUUACCAUCGUUACUCUGGCUGGAUGUCGGCCCUUCGAAGCCAACUGGGAUAAACUAUCACAUCCGGAUUUCCAAUGCAUCAACACGUCGCACUUCUAUGUCGCCCAGGGAGCCAUCGGAGCUGCUCUGGACUGUCUAAUCCUCUUACUCCCCAUACCACUUGUGUGGACUCUCUCUAUGAAGACGAAUAAAAAGAUCGCUUUGACUUUUCUCUUCACCAUUGGUAUCUUGAUCUGUGCUAUCUCUUUCGUCCGUCUCGCAUACAACACCCAGCAAGAGUAUAUGCUCACUCACUUUACCGAAUACGGCGGUAUCGCGACGCUCCUCGGCGCCCUGGAAGCGAAUUUGUCUAUUGUCUGCGCAUGCCUUCCAGCCAUGCCCCAGUUAUUAGCUGCAUUCGCAGAGAAAAUAAAGAUGUCGCUAGGAUCUGAGAGUGGCGGAUUAAGAGGACUUUUCAGCAGUUUCUCAUUCGGAUAUCGUAAAAAUACUCAUGGUUCUGUCAAGCUUAGCGAGGCGAGCGACAAGAAGGAAAACGCGUCAUCGUCGAUGGACGAUGACGUAGAGAAGGCUCGGCUCCAGAAGCAUGUGGACAAGCUGUACCCGUUGAGCAUGACGGGCGCGAGCCGGGGUAGCUUUGAAGAAGAAAGGGCAUGGACGCAACAGGUGGGCCGAACAUACGCCCGGGUGAAUACGGCCAACUCCGGCCACAGCGAGGAACCGGUAGAGAUGACAAGGCUAGGAGAAAACGUUGAACCAUACAGCACUAUCAAUGUAACCAAGAGCUGGAGGGUUAACUAA